UAAAAAAAUGGUAUAAAUACCAAGAAUUUUCCCUUGUUGAUAUUAGAACAUUUUACCAUUUGAAAUGUUACAGUUCGUAUGUAUAGCAGUUGUCAUCGUGGCAGCUUCAGCUGCCCAGUUUGAAUUCAUCAACAAAGAAGGUGGUCCAGUCUGGGUUGGAAUCCAAGGAAAUUCUGGCAAGCAGCAUCUGGAAAAUGGAGGAUUCAAACUGGCCCAAGGCCAAUCGAAAACAGUUAAUUCUCCCGAUGACUGGGCUGGACGUUUCUGGGGUAGAUCUUAUUGUGACGACAGUUCAAACCAUUGUUUGACAGGUGAUUGUGGAAAUAAAGUACAGUGUAAUGGAGCUGGAGGAGUACCACCCGUUUCUUUGGCUGAAAUCACCUUGAAAGGAUCUGGAGGACUUGAUUACUACGACAUUUCUUUCGUUGAUGGAUUCAACCUACGUAUUAGUUUUGAACCAGUAGGAGGACAAGGAGAUGGGGGUCAGUACAGUUGCAAAAAAGCUCAAUGCAACAAAAACCUCAACGAUAACUGUCCCAAAGAGCUCCAAGUAAAAGGUCCCAACGGAGUCACUAUAGCAUGCAAAUCAGCUUGUCUUGCCUUCAAUACAGACCAGUACUGUUGUAGAGGUGCUUAUGGUACUCCAGAUAAAUGUAAAAGCUCAACUUGGCCGCAUAACUAUCCUCAGGAAGUCUUCAAAUCUCAAUGUCCAGAUGGUUACAGCUAUGCUUACGACGAUCAUAAGAGCACCUUUACUUGUAAGGCUUCGAAAUAUAUUAUAACAUUUGGCGCUUAAAGUGAUAGUCUAAGAUAGUUUUUUCUUAUUUUUUGUUGUUUGAUUUGUUAAAUACUAAUAUAAAAUAAAAUUCUAAACAAUU